AUGGUCGAGAUUGGUAGUACGUACCGCCUCCUCGCAGCGUCGGAGUCACCACACUUCGACUUUACUACCUACCCUUCCAUAGAUAUGGAAGGUACCUACCUACCUUACCAGCUUAGGUUGUUGUCCGCGGCUAGGCUGUCCUAUCCUGCCCUGUCCUGUCCCGCGUUGCUUGCGCUUUCCGUAUCGCACAGCAACUCCGUUGACCCCGGGGCUACCUACCACUACCACACACGCUCUCGCUCUGCCUUACAACACACCAACUCACCACUCACCACAACACGCGACCUGAAAACUCUUCCUACUCACAACCGCACCCACACCGAGCUACGAUUGAGUUCGGGUCAUUUUUUCCCUCCUUCUACUUCCCUCACUUCUCUUGCGCAACCUCACAAUUUUGGCGCGACCAAUUUCCUCGCAUUACCGCACCCCGAACUCGACCCUCUACUACCUGUGAUAGCAGACCCAACAUCUCUUAGGGAUCGACGCCUGUCCCCUGCCCAUUUCCCUUGCGAUUCGGAUACCCCGCUUCCUCUCGACCUUCUUGCGCACGCACGACUGGCACUGAAAAAAUUUCUUCUCUUUGGCAACCUUACGAUAUCGACGUACGCUUCCGACUACGAUUUGACCGACCAGACAUCCAGUCAAACCCGGUAG